AUGGCCAACAAUGCUUUGGAGAACCAAUCAGACAACAUGAGGAUCACCAUCAAUUACAAAAACCAGAAUCCGCCAAAAAGCAGUAGUACGGAGAAAAAUCGUACUUGCCCCAAGAACCAUAAGCUCGUGCUAAAGAACAACUGCAAAAAAUGCGAGGUAGAUGAGUACACGUGUAAUGGAUGCAAGUUAGAUGGCUUUGGAAAGAGAUACAGAUGUGACGAGUGUAACUAUGAUCUUCACAUAGCUUGCAUGCAUAGCACACCCACCACAACUCACAAGCUCUUCAAAGACUCCACUUUCAAAUUCUACGAUCAGCUCCCUUGGAAGUGCAACGAAUGCAAGAGGGAUUGUGACGCUUGUGGGAAACAAGUCAAAGGUUUCGUCUACCAUUGCCAUGAAAAAGACUUGGUUUUGCACCCUUGCUGUUGCAACCUCAAGAAUGAACUUGAAUAUGAUGGUAUGAAAUUUCACCUUCGUAAGACUGAGUCAGAUCAGUGCGCAAUGUGCAAUCAAAAGAAAGGGUGGUCUUAUGUGUCAAAGUGUGGGCAAAUUUAA